AUGGCCACCCGGUGUUACGCGGCUGCUACCGUCGUGGUCUCGUCGCGACCACGCGCGCCCCGCCUCGGCCUCUCCUCCUCCGCGCCACCCAGCGGCAGCUACCGCCGAGCCGCCGUCCGCGCCAUGGGCGCCUCGCCGUCGGGGCAAGCCCCAGGCAUUCUGCCAUUUGACUUCCGUGCUUCGGUCAUAUGGCUUAACCGAGUUCGAUUGUGGUAUCUUCAUAUCAUUAGUAACUUCCAAGUAACAGCACAUAAUUUUACAGGGAAAGUGGAUAACACAUCUCUGAGCGAUGAAGAGUUGAAGAAGCGUCUGACAAAAGAACAAUAUUACGUCACUCGGCAGAAGGGAACUGAGAGAGCAUUCACUGGGGAAUACUGGAACACUAAAACCCCUGGGGUCUACCACUGCGUCUGCUGUGACACUCCUCUGUUUGAGUCAUCUACCAAGUUUGAUAGCGGCACUGGAUGGCCGUCCUAUUAUCAGCCGGUUGGUGACAAUGUCAAGGACAAACUUGAUAUGUCGAUCUUCUUCAUGCCUCGGACCGAGUCCCUGUGUGUUGGCUGUGACGCUCAUCUGGGACAUGUCUUCGAUGACGGGCCACCGCCAACAGGGAAGAGAUAUUGCAUUAACAGUGCCUCUCUGAAGCUAAAGCCCCAGUAGUUCCUGGAAGAAGAAUGAGGAUCCAAGCAGUGGCACAUUCCAUGUAAGUUUUGGUUUGGUACCAACUAUUUGCAGUGUAAUAGCCUAGUGCGACCAGUUUGAACAUGUAAAAUGACAAUUUUCAGGUUUGUAAUGUAAAGCCAUGCGUCCAAACAUAUGCAAAUUGGCGGGACACA